GGUACUAUUUGUCUGCAAGUGUUGCUGCUGCAUUUUUAUAUUUUGAGCUACAAAAAUUCAAUCUUCUCGGCUACUUCCUCUGCACUCUGCAAUAUCCACCUGGCUCCCGGUCCUUAAAUAUCAUCCCAACAAACUCAUCAUCAACACUUCAUUAUUUUCAUUUCCCUACAAUUUUCAUUACUGUUUGUCAUGGCCAUCCUCAAGUUCUUCAAGUUCAAGAUUCGACGUAAACGCGUGCAUGAUGACCUCGUUGCAGCACCUGAUGCCACCAAACCUGAUCCAUGCAAUAAGUUUGUCUGGGACGAGAUCGAAGCGCUCACGAUGAAAUUUUCCACCUCUCGAAAAAUCGGACACGGCGGUUUCAGCUCUGUUUAUCUAGCCAAAUUUUCCGACUCCUCGCUCGCAGCUGUCAAGAUUCAGUGCAGCAGCGAGCGGCUCAAUCAGGUUUUCAAGCAAGAACUCAAAAUCUUGCUCACCGUUUCUCAUCCCUAUAUUAUCAAGCUCAAGGGCUACUGUGAUGAACGCGACGAAGGCGUGUUAGUGUUUGAUUACAUGUGUAACGGAACUCUCGACGAGAAUCUGAGAGGCUGUCGCAAGAAUUCUUUGAUUCUUUCGUGGAAGAAACGGAUGGUCAUCGCGUACCAGCUUGCUCUAGCUAUCGAAUAUUUGCAUGAUAAGUGUAGCUUGCAAAUAGUCCACGGUGACAUCAAGGCCGCAAACGUGCUGCUCGAUGAGAAUUACGACUGUAAGCUCUGUGAUUUCGGCUCUGCCAAGAUGGGCUUUUCGUCGUUAGUGUUACCACCACCUUCUUCGUCGUCAAUGAAACAUAAUCGGAUGAUCGUCGGUUCCCAAGGCUACGUCGACCCUCACUACCUAAAAACAGGGCUCGCUUCCAAGAAACAGGAUGUCUACAGCUUCGGAGUCAUUCUUCUUGAGCUUAUUACCGGGAUGGAGGCCUUCUGUUCUGAAAAUAAACAAAACCUGACGACAGUGGCGGAUCCAAUUCUAAGCGAUGCAGCAAAGGUGCAGGAAAUGAUCGAUCCGCGGUUUAAUAACGACCACACCUUCGACUUGAACGAGGCUAAAUUUAUGGUCUCGGUUUCGGCUAUGUGCCUUCGAAGAUCUCCCAGCACAAGGCUUUCUGCAGCAGAGAUCGUGACCACAAUGAAAGAUCAGGUCUCUUCCAUAUCAUAUCUCUUCGAGAAUUCUGCAAAGUAAUAAAUUCAGAUUAGUUACUGUGAUUCUGGGAUGAGUUUGUAAAUUUGUAAAAAUUGAUGCCGUCCAUGAUUGAAUUGUUCUACAGGAAAAUACGAAAUCGAAUGAUGAUUGUUUAAUGAGGUUGUCUGGGUCAGAAUAAUGUGUUGGAAGGUAGAACUCACAAUCACGAACUACUGGUGUAUAAAUUAGGGGCUUGUCUAAGUCAAAUUGUUUUGU